UUGCAAAAUGAGAUUUUGUUAUUGGAAAAGGGUAUUUUAAAACACGGAGGGAAGAACCAGGGAGAGAAGGCUCUGUGGUGAGAGGGGAUUUAAUUUGUUUUCAACUGGCAGGACCUGGGCGGUGGGAGGAGGCAAGAUGGCGGAUUCUGGCGAAAUGGCGGCGCGUCGGCUAUGACCAGAAGUUGGUAUGGCGGAAGAGAAGAAGCUCAAGAUCAGCAAUACGCUGCUCCCCACGGAGUCCAUGAAAGUCAUCGCCGAGUCCAUUGGGAUCUCCCAGCUCUCUGAAGAAACGUGCCAAAGUUUGACCGAGGAGGUUAGCUACAGAAUCAAGGAGCUGGCACAGGAUGCACUGAAGUACAUGCACCAUGGCAAGCGGAAGAAGCUGACCACAGUGGACAUCGACUGUGCCUUGAAGCUGAAAAUGUUGAGGUGAGCUGCCUCACCGCUGUACGGGUUCCACGCGCAGGAGUUCAUCCCCUUCCGCUACGCCAGCGGAGGAGGCCGGGAGCUUCACUUCUAUGAGGAGAAGGAGGUGGACCUCAGUGACAUCAUCAAUACGCCCCUCCCUCGGGUACCACUGGACGUCUGCCUCAAAGCCCAUUGGCUCAGCAUCGAGGGAGUGCAGCCUGCCAUCCCAGAGAAUCCACCACCUGCCCCUAAAGAGCAGCAGAAGGUUGAGUCUACCGAGCCACUGAAGGUCAUCAAACCAGGACAGGAGGAGGAAGGUCAAGCGAAAGGCAAAGGUCAAGGGACCACGGCCACCGACAGCAAAGGUAAAGACAAGAAGAAAUCUCUGCUGGAUGGUGGUGUAAUGAAACUGAAGCCAAGGACCACACACGAGCUCUCAGUGGAGCAGCAGCUGUAUUACAAGGAGAUAACCGAGGCGUGCGUCGGGUCCUGUGAGGCCAAAAGAGCAGAGGCAUUGCAGAGCAUAGCCACGGACCCUGGCUUGUACCAGAUGCUGCCUAGGUUCAGCACCUUCAUCUCCGAAGGGGUACGAGUGAACGUGGUGCAGAAUAACCUGGCCCUCCUGAUCUAUUUGAUGCGGAUGGUGAAAGCCCUAAUGGACAAUCCUACACUUUACCUGGAGAAAUACCUGCACGAGCUGAUCCCGGCGGUGGUGACGUGCAUCGUGAGCAGGCAGCUGUGCCUCCGGCCAGAUGUGGACAACCACUGGGCGCUGAGGGAUUUUGCUGCCCGCCUCAUGGCGCAGAUCUGCAAGAACUUCAGCACCACCACCAACAACAUUCAGUCCCGCAUCACCAAAACCUUCACUAAGAGCUGGUUGGACGAUAAAACCCCCUGGACUACCCGGUACGGUUGCAUCGCUGGGUUGGCGGAACUUGGCCACGACGUAAUCAAGACUCUGAUUAUCCAGAGGUUGCAGAUAGAAGGUGAGCGGAUCCGAGUGGUGCUGGACGGACCGGUCGUCAGCAACAUCGACAGGAUAGGAGCUGACCACGUACAGAGUUUACUGCUGAAACACUGCGCGCCCGUCGUGGCGAAGGUUCGCUCGCCUCCGGACAACCAGGAGUCCUACAAGACAGACUACGGCUACCUGGGCCCCAUGCUGUGCACUCACGUGGUGAAGGCUCGUGCGCAGGCAGCUAUGCAGGCGCAGCAGGUGAACAGGACCACACUGACCAUCACGCAGCCUCGGCCCACCCUCACCAUCUCGCAGGCUCCCCAGACCACGCAGACGUCGCGGUCGCCCAGCAUCAUCAAGGUGCCCAGCUCCAUCACGCUGCCUAUGCAGACCCUGGUCUCUGCCCGUCCAUCGACCCCCACCCAACCCUCGCCACCUCCCACCAAAUUCAUCAUGAUGUCGUCAGCCUCCGGCUCCUCCACAACGCAGCAGGUGAUAACACUGAGGACCACGUCGUGCGGGAGCGGCAGCACGUCCCCCAUCACCACCACCGUGCCCAGUGUGCAGCCGAUCGUCAAGCUGGUGUCCACCUCCCAGACCGCGCCCAGCAGCACAGUGACAGGCAACACGCAGAAAUACAUCGUGGUCUCCCUCCCCUCGGUGUCGGACAGCAAAACCCAGAGCAACAGCAACUCCCCCAAGUGAGCCCCUCCACUGACUCUUUCUCCCGUUCUUCCUUUCUCUCUAUUACUUCACGGCCCUCCCCCUGCCCCCAGGAGGCAGAGGAGGGGGCGCGGUGGGGGGUUUGCGGUGGAGGAGGGCGAAGAGAGGGCCAAGCUCGGCAAAGCGUACC